CCCAAGCUUGUUUUAAUUGUUUACUCUUCCCCAAAGUUUUUUCCUUAAAGUUAUCGCUUUUUCGAUAGCAUAGCAGGUAAUGACAGCACUUUUCCCAAAAAAAGAUUGUAAUGGCAAUGCUGUCUAAGCAAAUCCAAAACAGCUGGUCAAAGGGAAUUAUUUACUUGUUUUUAAUCAACAACCGGCAAAAAUCAAACCGCGUUAUUUUAGUGAGUGUAUUUUCUUACAACAAUAUUAUAAAUUGUGAAACCAAGAUGAAAGAUUUAAAGCUAAAGAUUACGUACAAUAAUGUGAUAUCACAAGCCAUUUCAGAAUCUGGCCGUUUUUUGUUCGCCGGUAACCGCUUUGGAGAUAUAUUUGUUCAAGAUUUACACGACCUAGAAAAAACAGAUACCCCAAGGUCUAAAGUAUUUGUCUUCCCGCAGCCCAGUCAAACGGAGAUUAACAGCCUCUGUUGUCAUCGCGAUUUUCUUAUUGUGGGCGCCAUCGGUGUUGUGUACGGUCUAUCUUGGAACGAAGAAAAGCGAGAACUAAGCACUACACGUAAAUGGGAAGUGAAAAUACCGCUGGACGUGGAUGCCGUUGAGGUUCCCGAUGUAAAUUUCUUAUGGCUACGUGCCGGCACCGACACACUGUAUGCGGGUUGUGGUGAUAAUAUAAUUUAUCAAAUCAAUUUGGAAGAUGGGCACAUUGUACGCGACUAUCGAGGUCAUACUGAUUAUAUACAUGGUGUAGCCGGUAGCGACAGAGGUCGCAUCUUUUCAGCUUCCGAAGAUGGCACGGUAUGCUUUUGGAGUGAGCAACAAAAAGAGGCAACCGCAAAAUUAGAACCAAGUGCAAAUGUACAACUAAUGCGUCCGGAAUAUGGAAAAUGGAUAGGAGCGGUAGCUACCAACGAUGAUUGGCUCAUUUGUGGCGGGGGACCAAAGUUUUCUAUUUGGCAUUUGGGAACUAUGGAGUGUAUGCGUGACUUCGAGUUUCCAGGUAAGGUGCAUGUCUGCGAUUUCGUCGAGGAAAACCUCUUCGUGGCCGGUGAACACAGUCAUGCACAGUUUUAUGCGAUGAACGGUGACAUACAAGCAAAUAUACCGUUAGAACAUACCGCAGCUUAUUCAGCUGUAUGGCAGUUGGAGCCCAUAAAAUUCAUGUCCAUUGCGGGCUAUAGCAAUAAGUUACAUAUUUUAAAUGAUUUCCGUUUCUUAGACAGUAAAAUUGAUUUAUAUGGCAAUACUGAAGAAUAAUAAUAAAUAUUAUGUGUACAAUAAAAA